AUCCAGAGAAGACGAACAAUCUAUCCGAAGUAUUAACAAAUUUGUGUGAAUUGUCGGCAGAGAAAUUGGUCAACGAUGCAGAGGUAUGUCACGGCUUUCCUAUCGACAGCGAACCGGAAAAUUCGGUAAAUUUUGUACCUGAGAACUCGGUAUGCUCGGUAUACUCAGUGAAUGAAUCAACACAAGUAAGUGACAGUGAAACGAACGUCCUAGACAGUAAUGAUCUUCUCCCAGUAAACAUUUUAAAGUCAGUGAACAUCAGAUUUAGUCAAACUGAGUCAAAAAUUAAGCAUCUCGAGGAUAAUCUGCAUAGUAGCCUAAAUGGCAUAAUUAAUGAUAUCAGUAUGUUAAAAAAUCGGCUGUCCAUAAACAAUGCCGGUGACAAAUAUAUGGGCCUGGCCGCUUUACAAGCUGAAAAUGAGAAGCUUAAGAAUGAUAAUGAAUCCCUAGUCGAGAGGCUUAACAAUGCACUAUUCAUCAAUUCGGAUCUUAAUACACGCGUCAAAGAUCUUGAGAAGGAAAAAUCGUGUCUGGUGACGGCAAUUAAGCUUGUUCAGUCGAGCGAUAAGAUUUCAGCUUUCAAAGAUUGCAAAAACAACGAAGCGUCAAAUGCUGACGAUACUGAGAUGAAUCAAACGAAUCAAAACUCUGUUGGUCAGCAUUCAAAACCUGAAUCCAUAAUAUUGUCGGGUGACGAAAGCUCCCAGCAUGUACGCUCUUUAAAACGCAAAUACAAGUCUAAAAAAGUCGCAAACAGUUCUAAAUCAAAAAUUCAGUAUGACUCUUCUAAUGAAAAGUCGCAUACAAAUUCAACCAAGCAUCAACGUAAAAACAAGCAGUCUACAUAUGACCAAAACGAUAGCGUUAUAAUUGACGCAGAUCUUGACGCAGAUGUCACAGGUCUUAACUCUAAAUCUGCAAUUAAUCGAGAGAAAAAAGUUACAGUUAUAGCAAGAGACUCUAUUAUAAAGAACAUACAAGGCUGGCGACUGUCAAAUCCCCAAAAUCACGUUGUUGUUAAGAGUUUUGCGGGAGCUAAUUCAACGGACAUGGAAGAUUACCUACGUCCAAUUCUUCGUAAAGAGCCCGAUAAAAUUAUUGUGGACGUGGGGACAAAUGAUAUAAGUCAUCAAUCGGCUCGUAGAGUAGCACAAGGAAUUGCCAAUCUUGGCACUCAGAUUGUCCAAGAGUCGCCUGCAACUAGUUUAGUCAUAUCUAGUAUCCUACCUAGAACUGACAAGCCUGAACUAUCUAAGAAAGUGGUUGAAACCAAUGAACUUAUUAAGGCUUUUUGCAAUGGAAACAACUGGGAAUUUAUGGACCAUGCAGCUAUUGACUCCUCCUGUUUAAACAUGAGAGGGUUACACCUCAAUCGUAAGGGUACCACAACUAUAGCUAGAAAUAUUUCUAGCUAUAUCAGUACUACAUAG